AUGCGCUACAGAGAAGCCUGGACUCUGGCUAGCAAGGGCAAGCGGGAGGAAGCCGAAAAGCUCGCUACAGAGCUCCUCAUAAAGCCGCGCCUUGGUCCCAUCCACAAGGCCGGCAUGCACAUGCUGAUGGCGACGUCAUCUCAGGAUGACUUCUUGGACCACGCGCGAAAGUCUGCGGAGAUUUACGAGGCUAUCCUCACCAACGAUCUCACGGCUGUACAGCGAGCUCAGAUGGAAGAGGUUCUUCCCGACGCCAAGGUUGUUCUGGAGCGAGCGCACGGCGACCAGAGUGCCAUCGAUCGUGAGAUCAGCAAGAAAUUGACAACCAUGACGAUGAGCCAGAAGCUGAACAGACGAAUGUGA